UGUUAACAUAUAUAGUGUUGUAAAAUUUUAUCCACAAAUACACGUGUCCAAAAUCCAUUGACCAGAGAAUAAUCCAUGAAAUCCUUUCUCUAAUCCACUUCAUCGUAAAAUAUCUGAGUCAGUUCCCAUUUGAAGGAAAAGAAAAAAACGAGAGAACAGAAUUGGAGAGUGAGUAAUCAGACACAAAAAUGGCGGCCAACUGUAGUUUUGCAGGCAGUUCAAGUGUGAUUGGUUUGGGCACCUCUACUCUCUCUCGCUCUUCCUCUAAAUCUACUGGCUUUACUUCAGGCUUCUUGAAGUCAAAAGUAGCAGCAAGGAACCCUCUCAGCCUAGCUUGUGCUACGUCAGGAGGAAAAUUUACGUGCUUUGAAAGAAAUUGGCUGAGGAAAGACUUCAAUGUGAUCGGGUUUGGGUUGAUUGGAUGGAUGGCUCCAUCAAGCAUACCGGCCAUUAAUGGAAACAGCCUCACAGGUCUCUUCUUCUCAAGCAUUGGGGAGGAGUUGUCUCACUUUCCCACCCCUCCUGCCCUUACUUCUCAGUUCUGGUUGUGGCUGGUAUUGUGGCAUCUGGGGCUUUUCUUGUGCCUUACAUUUGGGCAGAUUGGCUUCAAGGGGAGGACCGAAGAAUACUUUUGAGUUUAAACAUUUGAAGAUGCAUCAUAUGUUCAUGCAUGCCUCAGUCUCUGCUUAUUAUGUAAUGUAACUGUCUAUUAUGUAAUGUAUAUGCUUAUUAUGCAUGAUAAAUUACGUACAAAUCCUGUACUCUAGUCUCUCUACUUGUUAUGUACUUUACUAACUAUCUCUUGCCUGCUUGAUGAGAUUCAUAAUGAAAACAGUCAAUCUCAAAA